AUGGCGUUCCGGGGUGAGAGGUUUCAUAUUGACCUCUCAGACGAUGAGGACACAUCAGCUACGGCAACGGCUCCAACAGCUUCUAUCCCGUCUCUCAGCAGCUUCGUUAGCGAUAUACAAGAACGGACGCCCUCUGCGCCUACUCCCCCUUCUGCUCCGACGCCCAAGUCAAAUCAUAAUACCUCGACCGGAUUCCCCGCACACCGCAAACGCAACAAAGUAUCUGCCUUCAAAAGGCAGCGUGAAAGUGCGAGCGCAGGCACUGAAAAUGAACAUCCCGUAGUAAAAGUCAAUACGGAAGCGGAUGAGAGGCGGGCUAUCGCUGAAGAAAACAAGCGGAGGAUAGAGGCCAUGUCAGAGGCUGAAAUUAAUGCCGAACGAGCCCAACUUACGGCCUCUUUGCCCGCAUCACUGAUCGAAAGGCUGCUGAGAAGGGCCAAUAUUGAAGAAGAUCUCCAGGAAACACAGGGCGAGAAACGAGAUGUUGCGAGACAGCUCCAAUUGAGUUCUUCUGGUGUGCCUGAUGAAAAACCGCAGAAGACGGUUUCUUUCGAUAUACCGACUAAGCAACCUACAGCGGAAGAGGUUAAAGAUGACGAACGGGAACAGCCAUUUAUUCAUCCAGAUGACCUUCCACCCUCAAAUCCACCAUCUAGCCUACAUCCAGCUUCUCAACCGCCGCCGCCAAUCCAUUUUCCUCGUCCGCCGCCUCGCUUCGAACCGAUGCCAAACCUCGACCCAUCGUCACCUUCGUUCCUUUCCGAUCUCCAAACACACUACUUCCCUGACACUCCUCACUCUGCAUCUAGCCUAUCGUGGCUACGGUCCUCUGACUCUGAUUCUGACCAGUCAUCCGCCUACCACCCUUCUAGCACUGCAACCUCCAUCGCCCCAGCAGCACUCCGUUUCUCGCUCAAAGGAGCCAUCCUCGCGCCACGCACUUCUCUCUCCAUCCCGCCGUCUAAGGGUCUUCAUCACCAUGCCGCUGACCCAGAGGCGGCAGGAUAUACUGUUCCAGAACUCGCCAUACUCUCACGUUCCACAGUGCCUGCUCAGCGGUGUCUAGCCUGGCAGGUACUAGGCCGUGUGCUUUACCGUCUCGGUAAAGGAGAAUUCGGUGAACAAGACAGCCCGCUAGUUAAUGGGCUAUGGAGCGUCGUAGAACGAGAGGGUGUUGUGGCUGGUAUGCUGUCUGAGGCUGGAGGGGAUGCCGAUAUUGAUGACGAUGGAAAGGAGGCUUCAUCCAACGACAGUCCUACUCCGGUUCAGACAAAACCUGGAGGCAUUGGGCGACAUGCCAGCGCUAGAGCAUGGGCUACAGAGGCAGUCUGGCUUUGGCGGCGAGGAGGAGAUGGAAAGAGGGGCCUUAGGAGAGAGUCAGGAGCUGUUUAA